GCUGCCACCUCGCUCUCUCCUCUGAAGUCCCCUCCGCAGCUCGAGCGCGAGAUGGUCUCCUCUCCAGAGUGCAGCGAGAUGCCUCUCGAUCUCUCCUCCAAGUCCAAUCGUCAGAAACUGCCUCCGCCCAGUCAACGCAAAACACCUCCUAUGCCCAUCCUCACACCCGUGCACACCAGCGGCAAAGCGCUUCUCACCACCGUCCUGUCCAAGUCCCAGCGCGCGGCCCAGACUACGGGCAGCAACGUCACCUCGUGUCUCGGCACCACCCCUCCCUUGGUCAUCUUCCCUGAGUUCCUGCGCAACGGUGAGCAGGGGUCCUGGGUGAAGAACACCACGCUCAUCAGCACCAUUCCGGGCACCUACGUCGGCGUCGCCAACCCGGUGCCUGCCUCGCUGCUGCUCAGCAAGGACCCCGGUGUGAGCUUCAGCAGGGACCCGCGCCACCUUCCCAAGCAGGAGCCUAUUUCCAUCAUCGAUCAGGGAGAGCCUCGCAGCGCUGGUGUUCCCUGUGGGAAGAAAGCCAACCAGGUCAGCACAGAAGGACAGCAGGAUCCUGCCAGGAGACUUCUUCAUGGCAGAGUUGCUCCGGGAGCUCCUUUGUGUCAGUCCAAGGACAUCUCCACCUGGAAUCCCGGCCAGGGAAGUGUAUACCCGCGAUGCCCCGUGAACGGAAAACCUUCCAAUCCUCAGCUUCUGCCUCUCGGCUGGUCUCCUUAUCAUCAAACCCCCCUGCUUUCAAUUGGCAUCUCCACGACAGGACAGCUGCCCCCCAACCAGAACAGCUCCUGCAAGCCAGCUGGUGCAGGUGAGCUCCCGACGUUCCCAAGCGUGCAGCCCACAGAGUCCAGCGCGGCCGCCCAGAGCCUGCCUGAGGGGCUGCCCAGGCUCCCACCUCAGGAACGGGAAGCUGCAGCCAAGAACAAGAGCUGCCGAGCCUUGCCCAAGCUCUACGAGGAGCCGGCCAAUCCAGCCCCGCUGGAUGCAGGUCCAUCGCUUCAGACCAGUGCUUUGGAUGUGCAAGGUGGGAAGGGGAAGCUGGACAACCCUCACAAGAGUCAAGAGAGCGAUCAACCAGAGGCUGACUCCAGCAAGGAGGACAAUGUACAAACUGAGGCUCCCCAGGGGAGCUGUAGCCUCAAACAGUUGGAUGCAAAGCCUAAAAACCAAGUGUUAGCGGCAUAUUUGUCGCAUGAUCUGCCCGCGGCUGGGCAGCAGAGCCUGCGAAUGAUUUCAGAGGUGCCCACUCUGCCCGCGGAGAGUCAACGCAAGGAGCUGGGCUGCGAAGGCUCCCAGGAGCCACCAGCUGCAGAGCCCCUCCAGUGCGUGCGUCAGGUGGAUCUGUGCAGGGUCAAGAAGGAGCGAGUGGAGUGCGACAUGUCGUUUACUUCUGUGACUUGCCUGCGAGCUGGGACUGCUUCCCAGGCCUUUGCCGAGGUCAAGCUCAAAGGAGCAGGCCAAAUCAAGCAAGAGGGCAGCGUGCGCUGCAAGUCCAAGCGGCAGCAUGAUGGGGACGCCCGGCAGGCCCACAAGAGACUGAAGUGCCAAGCCCAGGACGGCGAGGAGUCCCCAGGCAAAUCGGGGAGCCGGAGUGUGCAUGGCCGGAAGUGGCGAAAACACCAUGACAAUCCGCAUGAACUCAGCAAGCGAGAAGGCCGAUCCAGCCUGGGAUCAGUGAAGGAUCACAACAGCCUCAGGGUAAAGCGUAAGCGCAGGAGGCCGGUGAAGACAGAGUUCCCAUCUCCGGCGCACCGUGGGGAUAGCCAUGAGGAAGGUUACCUUGAGAAGAAGCCCAAGAACAACUUUCGGGAUUUCAUUCCGGUGGUGCUGAGCAGCCGGACGCGCAGUCAGUCGGGAAGCAUCGCCGGCUCUUCUGCUAGUGUGACGGGAGAGUGCGAUGAGGAGGAGGAGGAGGAGGAGACAUCCCUGAAACGUCGCAAGCUGCGAAAAUCCCACAGGACGUCACGCUAUCACAGUCGCAGGGCCAGGGACAGGUCUCUGUCCGAGAGGAGCAGCUGUUACACGAGGAGGACCCGGGAGCUGCCCUGGAGAGUGGAAUCACCCAGGCAGCUGUGGGAGCCCAAUGAGGAGGAGGAAGAUGACAGCCACAUCAAAAGGAAGAAAAGGAGACGACAGAAAAGUCGGAAAUACCAGACAGGGGAAUAUUUGACGGAGCGAGAGGAGGAGCGAGUGGGCUACCCCCACAGGAGGCGAAAAUCCAAAGCAGAUUUUAGGUAUCGGAAGCAGAAGGAGUCUGUGAAGGGUAAAGGCACAGAGCUACGACUGAGGAGCAGACUUUCCCCAUCCCCCCGAAAAUCUCAAGGACGCCCAGACUUUCGGAAUGGCUUCUUCCUGGAGCACUCGGACAGCUCUCCCGUCCAAGAAGAGCUGGAGAAACCAUCAGGAAAACGCAAAUGUAAAACCAAACACUUGGCAGGGAUCUGUGACGAGGGGAAGGGGAAAGGCUGCUGGACCCAGCCCAAAAUGCACUCUCUGAAGAAGCCCCAGGACUUGUGGACGCUUUGUAAGUCCCGUCGGGUCAGCCCAGGGAGUUCUCCUGAAUUGCCUGUGGCCCAGGACAUUCCUCCUGGAGCUCGGCGGCUGAUUGUGAACAAAAAUGCAGGAGAGACCCUUCUGCAGCGAGCAGCUCGCCUGGGCUACAAGGACGUAGUGCUGUAUUGCCUGCAGAAAAAGAGCAGUGACGUGAACCAUCGGGACAACGCUGGCUACACAGCUCUGCACGAAGCCUGUGCGAGAGGAUGGAUCGACAUCCUCCACAUUCUGCUAGAGCACGGCGCCAACGUGAACUGCAGUGCGCAGGAUGGCACAAGGCCUGUCCAUGAUGCAGUAGCAAAUGAUAACCUGGAAACCAUGUGGCUUCUACUCUCCUAUGGUGCUGAUCCCACUCUGGCCACUUACUCUGGGCAGACAGCUGUGAAGCUUGCCACCAGCGACGUGAUGAAGCGCUUCCUCAGCGAUUACCUUUCGGAUCUCCAGGGGCGCACUGAUGGAGAUCCUCGAACAGCAUGGGACUUCUACAGCAGCUCUGUACUAGAGGGGAAAGAUACCAUUGGAUGCGAUCUUCUGCUCAACCCUCCAGGAAGUUCAGACCAGGAGGAAGAAGAGCAAGAAGCAGACAACUUCAUGUUUGAGUUCUCAGACAAGCCCCUGCUGCCCAGCUAUAACCUCCAAGUGUCAGUCUCUCGGGGGCCCUGCAACUGGUUCCUCUUCUCCGACGUGCUCAAGCGGCUGAAGCUGUCCUCCCGCAUAUUCCAGGCCCGCUUCCCGCACUUCGAGAUUGCCACGCUGCCCAAGGCGGAGUUCCAGCGCCAGGUCUCUCUCAGCCAGGUGCUGGUGCAGGAGGAGGUGCAGGAGAGCCCCGAGCCAGCGCAGG